AUGGACAGUGGCAAUGUUUUGUUAAUUCGUCUAGGUAAAACUAUGACUAGUAUACACGCAAACUCUAGGAGAAGAGGUUUGCAAAUAAUUGAAAAAUUUAUUUUGAAACAUAAAAGUUCUUUAAAUUCACUUCAAAUGAUUAAAUUAUGGAAGGGCUUAUAUUAUUGUUUGUGGUUAGCUGAUAAAGUUCCUAUUCAACGUGAAAUAGCAAUUAAUAUAUCUAAAUUUCAGAGAUUAUUUGCUUCAGUAGAAUUAUGGAAUAGUUUUAUAUAUGAAUUUUAUAAUAUGCUUACACAAAGAUGGGAUAUAAUUGAUAGGCUUAGAAUGGACAAAUUUAUGUUUCUUCAACGUGUUAUGAUUGCUGAAUCACUAGAUAUAAUCAAAAAAAGUGAAUAUGACAAGGUAUAUAUUGAACAUUUAUUGAAUACUUAUAAAAUGUGUAUAUUUACUACUUCUAGUAUUGGAAUAUCACUAAUUUUCUGUCAUCAAUUCCCUCAGGAAUUUGUAUAUUUUUUAAAUUCACAAUUUUCUGAAAAAAAAUGUAAUUAUGAAAGAAGUAAUAUUAAUGUCUUAUUUGAACUUAUAGCAGAAUUAUUUGUAAAUAUUAUUAGAGAUUGUAAUAAUCGUGUAGUAAUUAAAACUAUUCAUGAACAAUUAAUUAGAAGAUUUACAAAUAUUGAUUCCCUUUUAAAGGAUUCCUUGAUAGAAGGAGGUUUAUUAGAUAUUUCAGAUAUUACUAUAUCUCAAUACACAAAGGAAGUGAUUGAUAUAUUUUUGCAGAUUGUAUGUAGGAAAUUAUUUGGUUUGGCAUCUUCAAAAGAAAUAAACCAAUCUAAUAGAAAUAUUUUAUAUAAAAGUAUAGAAAUAAUUGAGAGUGCUAUUCCUAAGAUACAAAAUAUUCCAGAAAUAUCUGCAUUACCAAUUAACUCAAAAAAUAAAAGGAAUUUGAUUAAUGAAGAGUCUAUAAAAAGUUAUGAACCUUCUCCUAAAAAAAGGGUCCGUUUUGACAUGUCUCAAAAUAUGAGAAUGCUUUUACCAGAUUCUUUGGCUACAUCUAAGGUUUUAGUCAAAUUAUUUGCUAGAGACAAAUCUGAUAAAAAACAGAAUGACGAAAUCAAGUGUGUACUAGUUAAACAACAAUCAAAUAAACAGCUCUCUGAAAAAAAUAAUAUAGAUGAUUCUGAAGUUGUUGAAGUAAUACCAGCAAAUGAGGCAUUAUCUAAACCCCCAGAUUUAAGUCAUAUACCUUUAAAGAGUAUUUUAAAAAAAAAGGAACUUGCAUAA